UAAAACUAACGAGUUUGCAGGACAGCCACAAUGCAGAUUUUCGUCAAGACCCUUACCGGUAAAACCAUCACCCUCGAGGUGGAGUCCUCCGACACCAUCGACAACGUCAAGUCCAAGAUCCAGGACAAGGAGGGUAUCCCCCCUGACCAGCAGCGAUUGAUUUUUGCCGGAAAGCAGCUCGAGGACGGCAGGACUCUUUCUGACUACAACAUCCAGAAGGAGUCUACCCUCCACUUGGUGCUCCGUCUCCGUGGUGGUAUCAUCGAGCCCUCUCUUAAGGCUCUUGCUUCCAAGUACAACUGUGAGAAGCAAAUCUGCCGAAAGUGCUACGCCCGUCUCCCUCCCCGUGCCACCAACUGCGUACGCCUACAACUUCCUGUCAAGCAUGGGCAUCAGACUGACCGAUUUCACAGCGAAAGAGGAAGUGUGGUCACUCUUCUCAGAUCCGACCCAAGAAGACCCUCAAGAAGUAAAUGUGCUUUGGAGGACUUUUUGGCUACGAUUGGGGUGCGGGAGUACCCAUAGCGAGAUGUAUUCCUUUGCUCUAUGAUUG